UUAAUGGUUCGAAUGAUGACGAUACACAUUGAGGUUACAUAUAGACUUUCUGGUACUCCAAUGCAGCUCAUAGCAGUCUUCUGUACGUUUUUACUCUCUUAUAACGUCAGCAUCACUGUCCCUACUAUUAUUAAGGAUGUUCAAAGGCCUCAACGUUUCCCACGAGUUGCGUGGAUCUCUUUCGUACUCGUCGCCUCUGUAUAUUUCGUUAUCACUAUUGUGGGUUACCUUGCUUUCGGUGAUGACAUAAGCAAAUUCGAUACGAUGGUUGAUGCUUUUACUCCCAAAAGUAAAUCAGAUUGGACAAUCUAUUCUUGGCUUAUCAAUGUGAGCACUAUCGUUUUGGUCAGUACACAUUUUCUGGUUCUGUUCUCUCCUACUGCGCAGUUGAGCGAUACACUAUUGAAAUGCCACGAUACGAAUAGGUGGAAGAGUCGCAUCGUGGGUGAAGUAGUUCGUUGUUGUUGUCGAGUUGCACUCGUUGCUUUGUGUGUAUUGAUCGCAUUGUUAGUACCAAGCGUUGAUAAAUUGGUUAACCUUCUAAGUGCCGUUUUUGUCGUAUUGAUAGCAUUGGUGUAUCCAACGGUGUAUUACUGGAGGAUACUCCAGCUGAAUGAUAUGAGCCAAUCUGUGUGGAAAUUGUGGUUACAGCGGUGCCUAUUAGUAGUAGCAGCAGUAGCUUUGAUAUUUGGUACGUAUAUGGCUAUAAAAGACCUGAUGUAGUUGUCGGGCUUUUCAUUGUGUUUGAUUGGAAUUAUAGUACCCGGUUCUGGUUUAGUGACAGUGGUAAUACUAGAGGCGAGCCCCCUUUUUCGAGCUUGAUAGCUCCUAUGGGGUUUUAACGCCUUUUGUACCAUAAUCUAGGAGGGUUUAUCCCAUCGAGUA